UUCUGCCAGUGCCUCGUACAAACCCAGACAGGCGCGGACUUUUCUAACGUCUGUCAUUAAGAAACGACGAUUGAAUUUGGAUAUUUUUUUUGACCUUUAAGCCGCUUUUAAAGGUGAAAACUGUCCCGAGUGCUCUCUUAACUAAAGUUAAAAGGUGACAGAGAAAGUUGAGCCACGAAGACAAGAGAGGGAAAUUAACUUUACAGCGUGUGUAUGAGCGGUUCAGCGUUAAACGGGACGAGACCAGAGGGACGUUAAUAAACAAAAAGGACAGCUUUUCCGCAAUCCGGGAUGAAUCUGCACUCGACAAAGACGACUAUGCUACGGUCUAGGAUUCCAUACCAGCAAAUUUGGGAACCUUAAUGGAUGAGAUUAACCUCAAAAAGAACCUGUCACACUGCCCUCAAGAACAUCUGGACCUGUAUUCUUGAUCCGUGUGAUGUAGAUGUAGGGGGAAAGAAAGGAUAGACUAUUAGAAAAAAGCAGAUAGACUGUGGGGUCCCUCACACUCUUCAUAGGUCACAAUGCCAGACCAGUUGCAGGAUUCUCAGGAGAAGGGGGGGCCUGGAGAAGAAGCACCGCCGGUUCCUUUGGUGCCGGACGUUCGGGUCGCUUCCAAGGGCGAUAACUUCCUUCACACAAAAGACGGCUUGAAACAACCUGCACAAGAAAGUGAUAUUUCAAAAGUAGGACUUGAGGAAUCCCAGAUCUCUGUGGUGGUUGGUGUGGCGAAAACGGCGCAGGCUCCUGAACCUCUGAAGGCAAAUUCUUUGUCAAAGGGCGCCGUGACCCCACAUGAAGAUCGGCUACAAACGCACAACAGCAACAGUGACUCUGACUACAGCGUCACUAAAUCCAGCCCUGGAUAUGUUAACGCCGGCUUCAUCCCCGACCUCUGCGAUGUCGAGUUAUCUGAGCUCGACAGAAGCUCCCUUGAAAAGACAAACCACAUCUCUCCCCUUAAUUUCUCUGAACCCACUUCAGACAAAAGCACCAAAAUCAGUCCAGCGGAGGACGGAGGCGAAGCCAAAGCAGACUGGACCGACGAACCAAAAGGAGAGAAAUCGCUAAGCGAGGCUUCAUCCGACGCCUACCACCCGAGGGACAGCAUCGACGUCAGGUGGGACGAGGACGACGAGGACCGGCGGAGCACUCAGUCCGGGCGGAGCGUGAAAGAGGGGGUGUGCUGCUGCUGUCAGGCCUUCAACAGGGGGUGUCUGCGGUGCGUGGAGGAGACGCCGGCCAUGCUGUCCGGACUGGUGCUGUCUUUGGCCUUCUGUGUGGCCCUCAUCGUCCUCAUCCCCACCACAAGAAAGAAUAUUGCCGUCCAUGUAGGAGCUCUGUCCGUUUUGUGCGUUGUUCUCUGUCUGAGCGCCAUCCUGCUCGUCUGCCUGCCCUGGCUGGCCACAGUGAGGCGCUGCGGAGGAGCCCUGGCCCUCUUUGUCUGGGGCACUCUGUACAUCACCGCCAUAGUCUUCAUCUUCACCGGGGGACCUGUCACUGCAUGGGAACAGGUGGCGUUUUUCCUUUUCCUCUCUCUGAGCGUGUACACGGUUCUUCCUCUCUCCAUGGCCUGGGCCCUCAUGUUUGGGAUUGGUACCAGCGUCUCACACAUCAUCAUCAUUAGUGUCUACGUCCCUGUUACGAAACCAGAGACACCCGAUCUGGCCGUCCAGCUGAUCGCGAACGCCCUGCUCUUUGUGUGCGUGAACUGUGUCGGGAUUUUCCACCUGUGGGUGACGGAGCGCGAUCUCAGGGUCUCCAAUCAGAAGAGAGAAGAGUUCAGCGUCAUCCGCUCCCGGAAGGAAGUGCGGAAAUAUCAGCAGGAGCAGCUCCUCCUAUCGGUGUUGCCACGUUACAUCGCCAUGGAGCUGAAAACGGAGGUGGUGAAUAGGCUGACCAAGCCGACGGGCAACAAUAAGAAGAACGAGUCCAACUUCAACAACUUCCACAGCCUCUACAUACGGAAGCACAAAGACGUCAGCAUCCUGUACGCCGACAUUGUGGGCUUCACAAAGCUGGCGAGCAGCUGCACGCCAGAGGAGCUGGUCGCCGUGCUCAACAAGCUCUUUGGCAGAUUUGAUGACAUCGCCAAGAAGAACGGGUGUCUUCGCAUUAAGAUUUUGGGUGACUGCUACUACUGUGUAUCCGGCCUGCCUGACCCCAUUCCCACGCACGCAAAGAACUGUGUUCAGAUGGGGCUGGACAUGUGCACCGCCAUCAGCAAGCUGAGAGAGGCGACGGGGGUUGAGAUCAGCAUGCGGGUCGGGGUCCACACCGGCAACGUGCUCUGCGGUGUGAUCGGCUUGCAGAAAUGGCAGUACGACGUGUGGUCGCAUGAUGUCACGUUGGCCAAUCACAUGGAAUCUGGAGGUCUACCUGAGCGAGUCCACAUCACAGAGGAGACGCUGCAGCACUUAAACGGAGCAUACCAAGUGGAGCAGGGGGACGGGGGGAGUCGGGAUCCUCUUCUUAAAGGGCGGAACACCUACCUGGUUCUCGACCCCCACAAGGCGCGCAGAAUCUCCAGGAGACCUAAAUCAGUAAACACUCUGGCGUCAGGUGAGCCCAGGCAGCGGGCAUCGGUCCGGAUGUCUCAGUACCUGCAGUCCUGGAGGACCAUCCACCCUUUCGCAGACCUCAGCAACCCCGAAGCCACGCCCUCCAAGAAGAGAAAACUGCCCAGAAGCAUCACCGAUGUCAUGAAGCAAUCACAUCCGUCUGCUGAAAGACCAUCCUUCCAGAGCAACCUCUCCGGUUUGGAUGUGGAUAGUGGUGUCGUGGGAACACUGGACACUGUGGACAAUAAACGGCGAAGGUUAAAGAAGCUCAACUGUUUCACCCUGCUGUUCAACGACCUGAGCCUGGAGAGACAGUUCCGCGUCUCAGAAGUUACAGGUUUACAUCACUCCAUGAGCUGCAUCGCUCUGAUCUUCGUCACCCUGUUCGCUGUUCAGAUGCUCGUCUCUAAGAAUAACUUUGAGAUGGCCGUGUCCUAUGGUGUGACCUUCCCUGUCCUGGUGCUGCUUCUCUCCAUCGCUUUCACUGGAUACCUGGAGAAAUGGCGUUCUAAGAUGCCCGUGGGUGUCCAGUGGAUUUCAGGGCUUUCCCGCGGUGUCUCCCGCCGGGUGGUGCUCAGACUCUUUGUGGUCGCUCUCCUCGUGCUGAUGACUCUGCUUAUGGCCUUUCUCAACCUUGUCUUCCUGCCAGGAAACAACUGCACAGCGAUCGUCAACAGGACAGAGCUGGAGGAUCUGAAACUUUACACUGUGCCUUACUACCUGUACUGCUGCUUGCUGGCCAUGCUGGGAGUGAUCGUGUUCAUCAGGACGUGCAUGUCGGUGAAGACGCUGCUGCUCACGCUGGCCGUGGUGGUUUACCUCGCCCUCUUUCUGCACGUCUACGCCCCGAGGUCGUACUGCCUCAUCGACCUGCUGUACCCAGACAACGGCACCAGGCCAGGAGUCCUAAAAGACCCUCAGAUCAUGUCCGGGGUUUGGCUUGUCAUCUUUUACAUCGUGUGCCUCAUUCUGGCCAGACAGGACGAGCUCAGUUGCCGUGUAGACUUCUUGUUGGAGCGUUGUUUCGUCGCGGAGAGGGAGGAGAUGGAGACCAUGGAGAACGUCAACAAGCUCCUCCUUCAGAACGUGCUGCCGCUCCACGUCGCCUCCGUCUUCUUGGGGAAAACUAUUCGCAACCAGGACCUGUACAGUCAGUCAUACUCCUGUGUGUGUGUGAUGUUCGCCUCGGUGCCAGAGUUCAAAGAGUUUUACAGCGAGAGCAGCGCCAACAGGGACGGGCUGGAGUGUCUGCGCCUCCUCAACGAGAUCAUAUCGGACUUUGACGAGCUUCUGUCAAAGCCCAAAUUCUGUUCAGUGGAGAAGAUCAAGACGAUCGGCAGCACGUACAUGGCCGCCACAGGGCUGACGCAGUCACCUCAAUGGGACGAAACAAAGAAAGUGGAAGUCUCCUACAGUCAUGUGCGCUCCAUGCUGGAGUUUGCCAUCUCUCUGAUGGGCAGACUGGAGCUCAUCAACACACACUCCUUCAACAGCUUCAAACUCAGGAUCGGGAUAAACCACGGGCCGGUGAUCGCAGGCGUGAUCGGCGCUAACAAACCUCAGUACGAUAUCUGGGGGAACUCGGUGAAUGUGGCCAGCAGGAUGGACAGUACAGGAGUGCUGGACAAGAUACAGGUGACGGAGGAGACGGCCCAGAUGGUGGAGAGCGUGGGAUACAACGUCACCCUCCGAGGCGUGGUCCACGUCAAGGGGAAAGGAGAUCUCACCACCUACUUUGUGAACACGGAGCAGUCGUCUCCUCAGUUCUGACCUCCUCCUGUCUGAGGCUGAGCACACUUUAAAAGACUUCACAUGUCCAUGUUUGUUUUCAUGAACCUGGUGUACCUCACGGCUCUGUCUCGGGGACUGAGACAUUUGCACUGACUCAAUGCUGAAUCGUGUAAAAAGGAGUCGCCUUCGUCUUUCGGAUGAGACCCUAAAUAAAAUCCUAAGAUCCGGUGAAAUGAAGACUACAGCUGUGGACUGAAAGCAGAAAGCUCUCUACUCAUGUACCAGUGUACGGAGAGCCACAACGCUAACUGUAUCUGUACUGUAUCAAUAAUAAUAAUAAUAUUAUUAAUUACAUUUAUAUAGCACUUUUCUAAAUACUCAAAGACGCUUUGACAGGAAACAACAAAAACAAAGCACUACACUCCUCGUCUCUGCCUUUUUUAUAAUCAUUCUGAAAAUACAUAAUCUUAAGGAUGUUUUACUUCCUGGUGUCUGAAUCACAUGCCAAUCCAAAAGUGUUCAUGUACGAUGAAUGUAACCGAUGUACCAGAGACUGCAGACGUUUUAUGAGCUACAUUUGAACCCAUUUACAGGAAUUUAUUUAAAGUUAACAUUUUAUUUUCACUUUAUUUUGGUUUCACAAAAUUCAGAUUUUUGCCUUUUUCAGCUCUAAAAGUUUUAUGUGAGCCCAUGCCGCUACAGAUGAUGCUGUGUCUUUAAGAAGGAUGGGGGGUUUUUGUGAUCCUGUUUGGUCUUUUUUACAGGCCGACAAACUGCAAAAACGUUUAUGAGUCAGAAAUUAUGAAGGGGAAAAAGAAAGAUUUAUGUGAAGACAAAGAAAAAUUAAGCAACUGGGGAAGGUAAACUCACUCAGAGUGGACAAACACUUUAACCAUGUACUCGGCUGUAUUUAUUUGUAAAGGUUAGGAGCUCUCACUCACUGCUUGUGUUACUGCUCUCUGCUGGAGUCGGAGAUGCCCGCAUGUUAAAUUAAAAGGCGUGACAUUUGA